UACUAUUCCUGUUAUAGGUAUCACCUCUAGGUGGCGAUAACGGUAGCGAGUCGCGUUUAAACCCUUUUCUAUUAAGUCACGAAUAAAAACUUUUCCUUCCUGAAGCGACAGCAUGGAGAGUCGGAUGUUGUUGUAGAACCGAUUUAUUGUCAGCGUCAUGGCGAGCGAUCUGGACGUCGAGGCGGUGGGACACAUCCUCGUGGACAGACAACAGGAGCUGCCUGCUCGUUUUCGGGCUCUGUUUACACUUCGGAACCUGGGUGGAGCUGAGGCGGUGCGAUGGAUCAGCGAGGCUUUCUCAGAUGAUUCUGUGCUCCUCAAGCACGAGCUGGCCUACUGUCUGGGGCAGAUGCAGGAUGAGAGAGCCAUUCCUGUCCUGGAGACGGUCCUGAGAGACACCAAGCAGGAGCCUAUGGUCAGGCAUGAAGCAGGUGAAGCUUUGGGAGCCAUCGGGAAUCCGAAAGUGUUGGAUUUACUGAAACAGUAUUCUAAGGACCCGGUCAUUGAGGUGGCAGAGACGUGUCAGCUGGCCGUCAGGAGGUUGGAGUGGCUGAUGAAUGGCGGUGGUGAUGUGGUGAACUCCGAGGGAGCAGACAGUAACCCUUACAGCUCGGUGGAUCCGGCUCCUCCAGCACAGAGGAAGAGCGUCUCUGAGCUCAGGACACAGCUGCUGGAUGAGAGCCUGCCUCUGUUUGAGCGCUACAGGGCCAUGUUCGCUCUCAGGAACCUCAGCAGCGAGGAGGCCGUGCUUGCUCUGGGAGACGGUCUGCAGUGCAGCAGCGCUUUAUUCCGUCAUGAGAUCGGUUACGUGUUGGGGCAGAUGCAGCAUGCGGCGAGUAUCCCUCACCUGCGCGCCGCUCUGGAGAACGAAGCCGAGAACGCCAUGGUGAGGCACGAGUGCGCCGAGGCGCUGGGAUCCAUCGGUCAGGACGCGUGUCUGCCCGUCCUACAGCGCUACCGGCAGGACCGUGAGCGUGUGGUGAAGGAGAGCUGCGAGGUGGCACUGGACAUGCUGGAGUACGAGAAGAGCGGCCAGUUUCAGUACGCAGACGGUCUCCUCCGAAUAAACACUGCCGCUCAGUGACGCUGAAACGAAUCCUGAUGACUGACAUGACUUCCACGUCACAGCGUGAGCGCUUCGACAUGAGAUCAGCUUUUCCACAGGAAAUAAACUCAGAUUAGUUCAUUUAAAUCUGUAAAACCAGAAUCUCAACAUGUUUCACUUGACGUGCUUUUUUUUAACAUGUAAAGCAACAUUGGCCGCAAAGACGAGACCAGCGCUGUGUGUGAGACGAUUAAGAAUAAACCAGUGAACAAGAAGGUUUUCCUCCACAACUUUAUGCAAUUCUUUAAACCGCUGUAUUUCAUUUGUUUAUUUCUUCUAUUUCUCCUGUUAUAAAUAGAAAACCUGAAGUAUGUAACGUCACUUGGGACAAAAAACUAAUAAUAAUCUUGUCCUUGCGUAUUUCCUGAACAUUCUGAUCACACGGCGAUCAAACGGAAAGCGUUAUUCCUCGGUAUAAAGUACAUCUAAUCUGAUUGGUUGGUGGAUUUGUUUGUUGUGGAUGUGCUUCCUGUCAUCAAAAUAAAUUCGAACAACUGCU